AGCAUCUUGUGACGAUUACAUUAUUAUAAUAACUGUAUAUUUUUUGAAUUCACUUCGAAAUUUUUUAGAUCACUUUAGGUAUAUAUAUACACCAUCAUCUUUUGAGUAAUUUUUCUUUGAAAUUCUGUUCUAAUAGUUUCGUUUGUAGGUUGGUCUGUGUUCUGUCGGAGCUGCCUGCGACGCGCUGAUGAGAUCCAAAAAGAUCGAAAUCGCGAUCCGCGUCUGGCAGUUUCGAUAGAAUACAGACCACUUCGAAUUAUUUUAUUUGAAAGAGGUAGGUUUCCAUUUUUGCACGAGGUGUUGUUACGUAAUAGUAUCAAAUGUUUCAGAUAAAACACCACUACCCCUUGUUUUUCACUGUGUAGUAUGUGAUAAUAUUCAUCAUAAUAACACUUAUUUUUAAUGUAAUUCUGAGAGCAGUUUUUAUACAGGCCAUCUGCUUUAAAUCCGUGUUCUACUAAUAUUAGUGAUUAAUAUGUUUUAUUAAACGACCGAUGUUUUCACGUUUCAGAUCAUGUCAGCCAAAAAGGUUCUUAAGCUUCUGAUUUUUACUAUAACUUCAUUAGUAAAGACUUUGCAGACAACCUACAGCGAAGAUGCAGCGCGCGACGGACUGAAGAACUGUACUAAGGCUGUACGAACUAUUAAAAUGCUAUUGAAGAAGGCAACCACGGUAGGCGAGAAGCAACAACUUUUAUCGCAGCUGGCUAACGUUAAAAGUUAUAGAAAUCAAAUAAAAGUUUCUGUAAGACAUGGUUCGGGGAUGACGGGCGAGGUUUUAACCUCUUCUAGACCAUCAAAAAGAGUAAAAUGGGACGACAGCGAAAUCGCAUUCGAUAGCCGCAUUCGUACCGGUGUGAUUUCUAAUUUGAAGCAUAAAGACCCACGUCAGUUUCUCGCCGAUUGUUUCAUCCUCUUCAAACGUCGCAUUGCCAAUGUUUUGAAGAAAGAAGAGUCGCUCAAGGUUAAUGCGAUAUUGGGAGGGCAAUUCCUUUUGCAAAAAGCCGAUCGAAUAAUUGAGGAAACCAAGUAUUUCAACACCCGNCUUCAAAAAUAUGCAGUUUGUGUUUACUAG